CUUUAACUAGGUAUAAUAUAUAUUUCGUGUUCGUGUGUGUGUGUGGGUGUAUGCGUGCUGAGCACGCGCUUCUCUCGCGACCGAUGACAAGUAGGUGAAACACAUUACGGACUGCGCCUCCGCGUUUUAUACAUAGGGCUCAUCGCUGUAUAUAUCGAGUCGAUCUUGACGCGCGUAUAAAAGUCUCGCUUUGAUAUACACACAUAGUUAAUUAGUUAAGGCAACUGCUGUGUACACGCAAGACCGCGUGAAGGUUCGAUCGGCGAUCGUCGAGUUUUAUUUUUUCCCCUCUUUUUACUCUCGGAGUUGACGGAAACAUAUCAGUUUUUUAUGAAUCAAAUUUUGUAAGUGCAAUCGCAAUGGAGGCCUGCAAAGAGUUAAAACAAACGUAUGACGAUUGUUUCAAUAGUUGGUUCAAAGAUAAAUUUCUUAAAGGCAAUCAAAAUGACUCUCAAUGCUCGUACUUACUAAAAGUAUAUAAGCAAUGUGUUGAGAAAGCCAUGAAAGAACAUAAUAUUGAAUUACAUGAUGCGCAGAUCAAUCAUUUGGAGACAGAUAAAGAAAAGGUGCCCCAAAGCUGACAUUCGCAAUUGCAAUUUGGCUUUUCAAAACCCACUAUAAAUAUGAAUCAUCAUGUUUUAUUGGCAGCAAAAUAUUUCAUGUGUCUCUCCUUUACAUAAAAAUGUGAUAAUAAUUUAAUUAUCAAAGAACUUCUGU